GAAGAAGAAAUCUCUUCUUCCGGCUUCCUACAAAUUGCGAAAGGUCUAGUCAAGGGUUCCUUUUACGAGAUGUCGAUAACUGGUUGUUGUGUAACGUUGUUGUUCAGGGGUGUUAGACUCGUAUCUGUUCACUCUGCUGUGGCCUCAUCAUCAUUUAGCACUGCUGUAUGUAACAGUAGGAUACAGUUGCCUGCUGGAAGCGUCAGGCUAAUCCAGAGCAGAGAACGCAGCGGCACGCCGCACGCGACUGCAGGGAAGCUGGUACGGAAUGGAGAGGAUAAGAAAGCAGUGGUCUGUAUUGAGGGGAACAUUGCCAGUGGGAAGACGACAUGUUUGGAGUAUUUCAGCAAAACGAGCAAUAUAGAGGUCCUUACAGAACCAGUCUCUAAAUGGAGGAAUGUUCGUGGACACAACCCUCUGGCUCUUAUGUACCAGGAUCCUGAGCGCUGGGGCAUCACACUGCAGACCUAUGUUCAACUCACCAUGCUGGAUAGACAUGUGUCAGCCAUAUCAGCUCCUGUCAGGAUGAUGGAAAGGUCCAUCUUCAGUGCCAAGUACAUCUUUGUGGAGAAUCUCUUCAGAAGUGGAAAGAUGCCAGAGGUGGACUAUGCUGUUCUCACUGAGUGGUUUGACUGGAUCACAACCAACAUAUCCAUUCCUGUUGAUCUGAUUGUCUACCUGCAGACAUCUCCUCAGACCUGCUAUGAGAGGUUGAAGCAGAGAUGCAGAGAGGAGGAGAAGGUCAUUCCACUGGAGUAUCUGGAGUCCAUCCACCAGCUCUAUGAGGAGUGGCUCAUCAAACGUACCUCCUCCUUUCUUCCUGCUCCAGUUUUGGUGAUUCCUGCUGACCACGAUCUCCAGAGCAUGCUGCACCGGUACGAAGAGAACCGUGACAAGAUCCUAGCAGCUAGCUACCACUGAUACCCAAACCUACAGUUACACAGUCAAAUGUAUAACACAUUGUUAUACAUUUGACUUUGACACAUUUAUGGUUUUUCACAACCAACUACAGUAGAACUUUAAGAGACAGAUUUUAAUUUUAAACAACAAUUAAAUUAAAAAACAUCUCUCUACAUGGGACAACUUUAUACCCAACUACAGUUUAGUCACAUGUUUCUGAAGGGUAAGGGAUAUUUCAGUAGCUUUUAAUUAGAUCAUUUUCUUACCCAAAAUGUAUAUUAAAAGUAUUCUCAGAUAGUGUCUCAGAUACCAAGUAAACAUUCCACCAACCAUCUUAAAAAACUUGAAAAAGUCUUAAAGGAGCUUGGAAAAAGUAUGUGUCAAAGAAUGUUCCUAGUGCUCCUCAGGCUGUCAGUUCAAACUCUGAAGGUUAACUAAUUCAUUCUUCAUUGUGUGCUGUUUCAUCUCUUGUUGAGUUGUUAUUUAUUAGUUUGCUUUUUUUUUUGCUUUGUAACAUAAUGCAUUUGAGUUUAGUCUUGUUACCCAGAUGUUACAGUACGUGAUUUGUGUGGGUUUUAAACCUCAAUGAGUUACAGGAUGUGGUCAAUGGAGCUAGCAGUGGUUCACAAGGGGACUGCAGGUGCACAAGUAUUUGAUUUGUAGAGUGAACACUGGUCAGUAACAACCAUCACUCCACCUGCUACAGGAUAGGGACUAAAUGUUUCUCUGUAAUUCCUUUUAAUGAAGGACCUUUUGUUCUUUGUUUUACAUUUUUGGCAUGUUAAUAAAUUCUGUAACCUUAAA